UCCGGAAAUGCCCGACGGCUGAACAGGAAGCGGAAGCGCCGCGCAGCGCUGGGAGGAAGUGUCUCCAGCUGGAGCGGCUCCUCGGAUCAGAACCCCAAUAACGGGGGGUGGCCGGGCAGUUUCGCUGUAUCUGCCUACCAGCCCUGAUCCCUUUAAUCAGCAGACAUCACCAUCAUGGGGCCUAGGCGGAAAAAUGUAAAAGUAUGUUCCACAAGCAGGGGAGGACCCAUAUGUGUUAAAACUGCUGAUCUGAAGGACUAUAUGAACCAACUUUCACAUGAAGUGCUUUGUCAUAUUUUCAGGUAUCUUCCCCUGCAAGAUAUCAUGUGCAUGGAAUGCCUCUCUCGGAAGUUAAAGGAAGCAGUCACCCUAUAUUUGAGAGUGGUGAAGGUUGUGGAUCUCUGCGCAGGCCGCUGGUGGGAAUAUAUGCCCACUGGAUUCACAGAUUCCAGCUUCCUGACCUUGCUGAAGAAAAUGCCAGAUAUUGAGCAGCUAUAUGGGCUUCACCCCAGGCACCUGGACAGGCGCAGAGUUCGUGGUUAUGAAGCUUUCAGCAUUCCAGGAGUUCUAGAAGCCCUGCAGGCUUGCCCAAAUCUACUAGGUGUUGAAACUUCCCACUUGGAACUGGUAGAAGCCAUUUGGACAUACAUGCCACAAGUUCACAUCCUUGGAAAAUUUCGAAAUCGCAAUGGUGCCUUCCCAAUUCCACCUGAAAAUAAACUAAAAAUACCAAUAGGAGCUAAAAUUCAGACAUUGCACUUAGUAGGAGUUAAUGUACCUGACAUUCCUUGCAUCCCAAUGCUGAGGCACCUGUACCUGAAGUGGGUGAGGCUUACUAAACCACAGCCAUUUAAAGAUUUCCUUUGCAUCAGUUUACGCACUUUUGUCAUGAGAAAUUGUGCAGGACCCACAAACUCGUUGAAGUAUGUCCCCUUGGUCACAGGAUUGGCUUCUGCCCGAAAUCUGGAACAUCUAGAAUUAGUUCGAGUUCCCUUCCUUGGGGGUCUUAUUCAGCAUGUUGUAGAAGACAGCUGGAGAUCUGGGGGCUUUAGAAAUUUGCACACUAUAGUUCUGGGAGCCUGCAAGAAUGCUCUGGAAGUGGACCUUGGCUACCUCAUCAUAACUGCUGCACGAAGGUUGCAUGAAGUACGAAUCCAGCCUUCCCUAACCAAAGAUGGAGUAUUCUCUGCACUAAAGAUGGCAGAAUUGGAGUUUCCACAAUUUGAAACACUACAUCUGGGAUACGUUGAUGAGUUUUUGCUGCAGUGUAAAAUGAUUAAUGCGGACCUCGUGAAAUAUGGCUUGGCUGACGUGGUUGAAAAUCCAGGCAUCAUCACAGACAUUGGAAUGAAAGCGGUGAAUGAAGUGUUCUCUUCCAUUAAGUACCUUGUUAUAUACAACUGUCCACAUCUGCACAAUCCAAGCAGUUGGAUCACAGAUCAUUCAAGAUGGACUCGGCUAUUUGAUCUCACCUUGGUGAGAUGCCAUGCAAUAAAACUAGACUCAUUUAGUCAGUUUAUUGAGUUACUGCCAAGCCUGGAGUUUAUCUCUCUGGACCAGAUGUUCCGGGAACCUCCCAAGGGUUGUGCUCGUGUAGGUCUUAGUGCAGGCACUGGGAUUGGUGUUUCCUCUGCUUUGGUCAGCAAUCAGAACUCCAACAAUGAAAACGACAACAAUAAUAAUCACCAGAACAAUAACGCCAAUAUACACCAUAACAACCACCAGCAACCAAAUGACCAGAACGAGGAGAACGAGCUGCGACAGGAGGAGCAGGUGGAAGAACAGCAGAUUGCAGCAGAGGCACUGAAUGAAAUGGAGGAGGUGGCACAGGAAGAUGGAGUGGCUAUGGCAGAGAGCCGCAGUGAAGCCUCUGCAACUAAUCAGGCACUUCUUCCCAUGGAAGUUGAUGAAGAACAAGCAGGGCCCAGUGGCCUUCAGCCAAAUGUAAAGCUAGCACCUAUUACUGUCCACGACUCAGACAGUGAAGAUGAGGAUGAGAAUACAGCCACCUCAAGAUCCUGUAUUACAAAUAGCAUUGCACAAAAUUACUCAGAUGGAGAGGAGAGAGUCAGAGAUUCGGUGGAAAUCCGGGAGCCCUCAGUGAGCGGUAAAGGCAAAGCUCCGCUGCGAAAGAGGUGCAAUGCCAGCCGGGUCAAACUGUUUCUUUCUGAGGAGAGCAGCUGCGAGAAAGGCUGUCAGGUCACCAGUGAGCAAAUUAAAGCGGACAUGAAAGCGGCCAGUGAUGUGACAGCGGAAAGGAACAAAAGCAAGGAUUGUUACCCUGGUUGUGGCGGUACUGGGCCUCCGGGGGCCUCAGACACCGCAGCGUCUCCAAGCCCAGAUGGUAUGAAAACGGCUGAUAGCUGCAGCGAGGCCCCCUCCACAGCAACAGAGGACUCCGGGAAGUGUUUCUGCAAGAGUGAAAGCUCCAGCGAGAGGGACAGUGAGGAGAAGCCAUUGUGCUCCAGGUGUUCGUGCUAUGUGCCCCAGAAUCAGCAAAGGAGGACUAAUGGCGUCUCAGGUGGUGAAUGCCCAUCUACCAGUGGAGCUUGUGGUAUGAAUGGGCCAAAUGUGAGAGGGGCGGAAUUCUCCCUAAGAACAUUACCGAACUGUGGCUCUUCAGGAGAGGCCAGCAAUGGGAGGACUAAUGAGAGAGUCUGUGGGACUGCUAAUGAGGAACGGAGCCCUCCUUCACAGCAAGGGAGAUACGAAAUGGAAUAUAAUGAAGAUUACCCUCGCAGGCCUCUCACGAGAGCCAGAAGCAGACUUUCCCAUGUGCCUCUGGUGUCUCAGUCAGAAGCGACCAAACCAAAGCCCAAGCAUUCAGUGAAGCGAAAACGGACGGCCGACAAGUCCACAAGCACCAGCGAUCCUGUGAUUGAGGAUGACCACAUCCAGGUUCUUACACUGAAAUCAAAAAACCUUGUUGGGAUCACUUUGACAAAUUGUGGCAUAACAGAUCUGGUGCUGAAAGACUGUCCUAAAAUGAUGUUUAUUCACGCCACCAGAUGCCGCGUACUUAAGCACUUGAAGGUAGAGAAUGCGCCAAUUGUCAAUCGAUUUGACUAUGCUCAGUGCAAGAAAUUAAACAUGGAUCAGGUACUGGAUCAGAUACUGCGGAUACCACCAGAGAGAAACCGGAUCAUUUACCUUCGUCCAAUGCAGCAGGUUGACACACUGACGCUAGAACAGAAGAUAUUUAGUGGUCCCUACCCAUACCACAUCUGUGUAAUUCAUGAAUUUAGUAACCCUCCAAAUGUUCGUAACAAAGUGCGCAUUCGCAGCUGGAUGGACACAAUAGCAAACAUUAAUCAAGAGCUUAUUAAAUAUGAGUUCUUCCCUGAAGCCACGCGAACAGAAGAUGACCUGAAAAAAUAUACAAAGUACCCCUGGGGGAGAGACAUGUACACAUUAGAAGGUGUUGUGGAUGGCGCCCCAUACUCUAUGAUAACGGAUUUCCCCUGGUUGAGGUCACUCAGAACAGCUGAGCCUAAUGGCUACGCCAGAUACGACUUUGAGGAUGAUGAAAAAACUACUAUUUAUGCUCCCCGAAGGAAAGGACAGCUAUCGGCUGACAUCUGCAUGGAAACCAUAGGGGAAGAGAUCUCUGAGCACCGUCAAAUGAAGAAAGGUGUCUUCCAGAGGGUGGUAGCCAUUUUCAUCCAUUACUGUGAUGUCAAUGGGGAGCCUGUAGAGGAUGAUUACAUCUGAUGGGAUCAGGAUGCAGCCUUCUAGCCCUUCUUUCCUUUUGUCUGGCGUUGCCAGCAAAGAAAGCAAGUGGAUUCCUUCCACUUACCUUAGUGCACUGAGAGGUCUUGGAACUUGUGUCCUUCACAAUUGCCCCAAUGCCUACUGGGACAGAGUUUGUAGCAAAUGUAUAAUGAGAAGUUGCAUUGUACACUGAGGACUCCAUGUAGAAAAAAAAAUCUUCCUGAAGUUGACUUUAUUUCAUAUGUUUAUAUUAAGAAAUGUAAUUUAAAGUUCCAUUUUAAUGAAGGCAACUAAUUAUGGCAAGGGAGAAAAGUUUGAAUUUUUUUUAGCUCAUUUUAUUCAUAGCAGUAUUUUUUGUUUGCCACGGGCAACUUUCCAUAUGCUACGUUUGGGAGUCACAGGAUUCUUUUAAUCUGUGCCUUUUUUCCCCUCUUGAGUAUCCUUAAGAAUCCAUUCUGAGUAAAUCUGUUGAACAGUC